AUGUGGACCGGGUAUAGGAUCUUAAUCUUCUCUUCUCUUCUUACAGAAAUUUGGAUGGAGAGACAGUACGUAUCUCAGAGACAAGUGGACCAGGAAGGAGCUUUCACAAGGAAUCACACCGUUUUGGAAGGUACUCGAUUCAAAAGAGCCAUUUUCAAAGGGCAGUACUGUAGAAGUUUUGGUUGUUGUGAAGACAGAGAUGAUGACUGUGUCACUCAGUUCUAUGAGGCGAAUGCACUGUGUUACUGUGAUAAAUUCUGUGAAAGGGACAUUCCUGAUUGCUGUCCUGAUUACAAGUCAUUUUGCCAUGAAGAGAAAGAAUGGCCUCCUCACUCAGAAGGUUGCCUCAGAGAUGGUCGACAUUAUGAAGAAGGAUCAGCAAUUAAAGAAAACUGCAACUCCUGCACAUGUUCAGGUCAGCAAUGGAAAUGUUCCCAGCAUGUAUGCCUCAUGCAACCAGAAUUAAUUGAACAUGUCAAUAAUGGAGACUAUGGAUGGACAGCCCAGAACUAUAGUCAAUUCUGGGGAAUGACUUUAGAAGAAGGUUUCAAAUAUCGUCUUGGCACCUUGCCUCCCAGCCCCAAGCUUCUGAGCAUGAAUGAAAUUACAGCUCCUUUACCUGCAAUAACGGAUCUUCCAGAGUUUUUUGUUGCUUCUUACAAAUGGCCUGGAUGGACUCAUGGCCCAUUGGAUCAAAAAAAUUGUGCUGCAUCAUGGGCUUUUUCCACUGCAAGUGUGGCUGCUGAUCGGAUAGCAAUUCAGUCUAAGGGUCGAUACACAGCCAAUCUGUCUCCUCAGAAUUUGAUUUCUUGCUGUCCCAAGAAUCGCCAUGGAUGCAACAGUGGAAGCAUCGAUAGGGCUUGGUGGUACCUGAGAAAACGUGGACUGGUAUCCCAUGCAUGCUACCCACUUUUCAAGGACCAAAAUGCUACCAAUAAUGCCUGUGCCAUGGCUAGUAGGUCUGAUGGGCGGGGAAAGCGUCAUGCCACAAAGCCAUGUCCCAACAACAUUGAGAAAUCUAAUAGGAUCUACCAAUGCUCUCCUCCAUACAGAGUCUCUUCUAAUGAAACUGAAAUAAUGAAAGAAAUCAUACAUAAUGGACCAGUUCAAGCCAUAAUGCAAGUCAAUGAGGAUUUCUUCCAUUAUAAGUCAGGAAUAUAUAGACAUGUGAAGAAUGAAGAAUCAGAAAAAUAUCAGAAGUUUCGGACACAUGCAGUCAAACUCACUGGAUGGGGCACACUGAGAGGAGCCCAGGGGCGAAAAGAAAAAUUUUGGAUUGCUGCCAAUUCCUGGGGAAAGUCCUGGGGAGAGAACGGCUAUUUCAGGAUUCUUCGAGGAGUAAAUGAGUCUGAUAUUGAAAAGUUGAUUAUCGCAGCAUGGGGCCAGCUGACAAGUUCAGAUGAACCAUAA